GGUUAUCUUUCCAGUAGGUUUCCUGUCAGUAGCUGUGCUGUGUGUGAGCACUGGGCCUGAGGUCUGAAGGAUAGGCUGCUGCUGCUGCUGCUGCUGCCUAAUGCUAACUUGGCCUAACCUCUCUACAGACUCCCAAAAACAAACAAGACACAGGUAGAAGAAAAAAAAUCAGGGAAACAUAUUUUGAGGAGUUGAUUGGUAAAUAAUGUCCAACCCAACUUGGCUGACCCCAUGGCAGACUGAUGACUCUGGGCAUGUACCAGCUCGAAUGGAAACCAUGGCAUCGAUUGCCACACCCAGUAUCUCUGUAUCUACUCAACAAACUCCAAAGAAAUUUGCACCUGUGGUGGCUCCAAAACCCAAGUUUAAUCCCUACAAACAGAAUGGACAGCCCCUGGGACAGGUGGCAACUGAAAGUGAAUUCCCUCCACCUCCACCACCUGUAGAAGGUUUGAGUCCGAUGUCAACAUUCCCUGGUGGAUUUCCACCGCCACCAACCUCGCUUCCUGAUCAGUAUGAAACCAGUGCAAGUUUAAACGUACAGACAGGGAAGAAGACCCUGGAUGAAAGGCGAUCAAGUCUGGAUGCAGAGAUUGAUUCAUUGACCAGUAUCUUGGCUGAUCUGGAGAGCAGCUCACCCUAUCAGCCUCGCCCUCGACAGAGCCAUGGAGUCACCUCAACCAUCAGUUCUUCAACUCCUCAAACUCCAAUAACGUCGGCUUCUCACAGUCCAGUGAUUGGGCAUCAGCGGAUGGUUAUCCCCUCUCAGCCACUUCUAACAGCUACCAAAAAGACAGCUGCAAAGCCCCAUCCUACCCAGGGCAUUGGUAUGGCCCCAAAGACCCAACCCCAACCUGUUCCAGCCUCCUACACCACAGCCUCCACUCCUGCCCGACCUGCAUUCAAUGUGCAGGUUAAAUCAGCACAGCCCAAUCCCAAUUUCAUGCCACAGGGGCUUCAACAACCAGGCCUAGACCCUGCCACUUCUCAGUACCAGCAGUAUAACCUGCAGCCAACUAGAUUUCCCGAACCAGCUCCACCAAUACAGAAUUACACUCAACAGCCCCGCUCCAUUGACCAUGGGUAUGGGGCACAGCCCACACGCUACACUGACCCAGGUUACACUUAUAAUCCUUCACCGAAUCGCUACCAAGAUCAUCGGGCUGUUGCUCCAACACCAGCAGCUGGAAUGGGUUAUGCUGGUGACCCAGCAUAUGGAGCUCCGAAUACCUGGAGACCCGAAGCACCUUAUACCCACAAUGCUCCUGGACCAAACCCUGGUGCCUAUCAUCAACUGGCUCCUAGUAAGAAAACUUACAUCACAGACCAAACACCAGGACCUCUGCAACAACCUAAGAGUGUCUACCAGCCUCCAGUUCCUGCUCCGGUUCCAGCCCCAGCUCCUGCUCCGGUUUCCAUUCCAGCUUCUGCAGUGAGCGCUGCAGGCAUGAAACCAGAGGAUGAGCUUGAACGUUUGACUAAGAGGAUGCUGUACGAUAUGGAGAACCCACCAUCAGAUGACUACUUCGGUUGCUGUAGCCGUUGUGGGGAGAGUGUUGUUGGAGAUGGUGCAGGCUGCACUGCAAUGGAUCAAGUCUUUCAUGUUGAUUGCUUCACCUGCGUAACAUGCGGUCACAAGCUCCGAGGACAGCCCUUCUAUGCUGUGGAGAAAAAAUCAUACUGUGAGCCCUGUUACAUUAAUACCCUGGAAAAGUGCAGUGUUUGUUCCAAGCCAAUUAUGGAGCGAAUCUUGCGGGCAACAGGCAAGGCUUAUCACCCACAAUGCUUCACCUGUGUCAUGUGCCACCGCAGUCUUGAUGGGAUCCCUUUCACCGUUGAUGCCUCCAAUCAGAUUCACUGCAUUGAGGACUUCCACAAGAAAUUUGCCCCAAGGUGCUCUGUCUGCAAUGAGGCCAUCAUGCCAGCUGAAGGCCAGGAGGAGACGGUGCGCAUUGUGGCUCUUGACCGUGAUUUCCAUGUGCACUGCUACCGCUGUGAGGAUUGCAAUAUUCUCUUGUCGGAUGGAGACAAUCAAGGAUGUUACCCCCUGGAUGGACACAUCUACUGCAAGAAUUGCAAUGCUACACGUAUCCAGGCACUGACGGCCAAGGCGACCACUGACCUCUGAUGACCCACACGACUUGCUGACCCGUACUGCCCAGCAGAUGCAGCCCAUCAGCCUGUGGGGACUUGAGUUUCCCACUGAGUUUCCACAAGUCAGAAGCUCCCUCCUAACAUUCGGGCAGUUGCGGAGUACAGCACCUCUUCGGCUGACCCUCCACUUUCCUGCUCACCGCCUACAAUCUUACUUCUACCAAUCAUAGUGCUGCCUUGAUCUAUCUGACACUGACAGAGCUUCUGCCUCAUACUGACUGCCUGUAAGUUCUCGCUGUUCUGGGGAGGUUCAAGGGGAUUUAAUUUCCUGCAUGGCUCGAGCUUACUAGUUAAUCUGUGGAAAUUUAUUCCUACAAGUCUGGAUGAACUGUCUCCAAGAACUAACUCCCCACAAAUUGCUUGCUAUUAUCAGUCCUCAGCACAAUCAUUUUGAACAUGUUGAAAUAUAGCAAAUUGCACACUCAUGUCAGCCUGUUAACCAGGGCUUUGAAAAUAGCCCAGCCAGAACAUCGUGACUGGACUCACAAUUCAGUCCUAGAACCCAUCUCUCAAUUUAUAAUUUUUACAGUAUUUGCUCUCCAUGUAACUCUGUUUUUCGCUCUGUGACUAUCUCGUGUGUUCUCUCCACCAGUCUCUCUCUCUCUGUCUGCCUUACUGACUCUCUUUCUCACUCUCUCUCUCUCUGUCUUUCUUAUAUUUCCUCAGGUUAUAAAGCGGAUUGUGUCUGACUGCUAUUUGGGAACUUGUUCGUGAAAUGGGAGGGAACCUCCCAUGGAUUUUUUAACUCUAUUUCUGGGAUUUCCCUCAAUUAUCUGGUAUGCAAGGUCAUAGAAUCCCUCUUGUGUUGGUUGUUCACACAGUGGGAUAACAUUGUAGUCAAAUUCCUGGGUGAUGAUUACCUUCCCAGCUGAAAUUCCGAACUCCACGUCGGACGAACAAUGGCUGACGAACACUUUCUUCUAUUCUUUCUCCUCUUUCCUCAGGGAGUAAAUUUGGGCCUCGGGACUGAAUACUGAUUUCCCUGGUCAUGCUAACACAAACCCUUCACGCUCCAAUAUCCACUUUCCUAAAAUAGCUGAGGGGGGGCUCAGUUUCCUCCUUUUGUGAAUGCUACAUCUGAAAAUCAUAGAGUCAUACAGCACGAUCAAGGUAACCCUACCCAAUGAUGCUCAAGGAGAUUCAAAUAAUGCCAUAUAUUACAACAUGUGAGAUUUAGAGAGAAUUUAUGAAAUGCAAUGAAUUUUAUGUAUGUUUUGGAGAAAAUAGAUAGCCAGUAACGGAACCCUGCAGGUGAAUCUGACCUCCAGGUUUACAGGUUUCACCUGUGUCAAUCUUCAGUUUUUAGAGCCACUGGCUGUGGCAGUAAAUCCAAAGUGAAAAAAAGAGGGGGGAGAUGUAAUCAAGGUUCCUGCUCCUGAACUCUGUUGAAUGUAUUAUGUUCUGAUGUGGAUCUGACAGUCCAGGUAUGUGGAUCAGGCUGGAAUCUCAUGCCAUCCGUUGGGCUCUCGCUAUAUUGCCAGAGGUUCUGGAGGAUGACUUGUGCUCAGCAGAGAGAUGAAUGCUUAUUAUGUUGCAUCCUAAAUGGAAGAGUGUGCCUUUUGUCCUGUACCCCAACAGGAACGGGAUGCCUGUAUUACUGUACCCCUAGCAGGAACAGGAUGUCUGUAUUAUUGUACCACCACGUGAACAGGGUGUCUGUAUUACUGUACCCCUGCAGGAACAAGGUGCCUGUAACUAUACCCCUACAGGAACAGGAUGUUUGAAUUACUGUACCCCUACAGGAAUAGGAUGUCUGUAUUACUGUACCUCAACAGGAACAAGGUGUCUGUAUUACUGUACCCCAACAGGAACAAGGUUCCUGUAUUGUUGUACCCUGACAGGGGUCACUCCUGCUCACGAUGAGAAAGACCAGGGGUCAGAAAGCAUCAGUGUAGGAUUGUGUUGAAUGUGUGGAUGGGAUUUGAUCAGGAUACUAGUCUCAUCCAUAGAACAGAUUCCAACUGUGUACAAUAUAGUCACCCCCCAGGGUAGUUUUAGUGAAUGGAGUCCCUUCAACCAGCCAGUUCAGUGCUCAGAAUGGCCAUGGUUCUGGUUCAACCCAUACCAGCCCUGAGGAUCAAAACCAUUACUUUAUACUGGUGAAACAAUUUGGAGUUGAUGAUGAUAUUUAAGGGGAAGAGUGAGUCUGGCCAAAAAGUAAUUGAUUGACUGUAUGGCGGCAAUGGUUUGUGUCACUCGUGCUUUGAUUGCAAGUUAUUCCUUCAACGGAGUCCAAAAAUAAAGGUCCCUUCAUUUAACUGGCGCCAGAGGAGCUGAGGUUUGUUAUGGCGAAUGUAAUGCCUUCCAUUUCAGGGACUCGAUUGGAGAGAGAUUUUAUUUUCAAACACACUCUGAGAAUUGGAAAGCUUAGGUGAAAGAAACAUUGUAAUUCUGUGCCACACACAGAAUGUUUUCACAUCUUGUUGCAAAGACCCCCAUGGUGAGAAAUCCACAGCCAAAAGCAUUGCGGCUCUUUCUGUGUUUGAAGUAAAUUCUUGUCAGAACCUUUGUGAUCCUAAAGGACUUUAUGUCAACAGAAAGGAUCGCAUUUACUUCUGAAGCAUGUGUUCAUUUCUUUUGAUGUGACAUUAAUGAUCAUCCCACCUUUCUGAAAGCUUACAGUUUGUGAACUAGUGGAGCAGAUCUUUGAGCAGUUUGACAGAGAUUAUGAGCAUCAUUCCCAUUUUGGAAAGGACAAGAUAACAUACUGAGAGUUGUUGAUGGACACAAAGAGCAGCUGAACAAAAAUGGUACAAGAAUUCCCACUUUGAAUUUAUACAGGAAGAAAUAAUGUUUACUUCUGGCACUCUAUAAAUGCAAAAUUGUGUUUUAUUUAGCUCGAUGAAUCUGUUUUGGAAAAAAGAAUAAAUAAACUGACUUGCUAAAUGUCCAACUCCAAACAUAGAGCAGAGACCAACAUUUCCUGCACCAAUGUAAGAUCCAAUUUUGCCACGAAUUCCAUGGAAAAGGAAGCUAGAUUUCCUACAUGGGAAACGUGCAUAAUCUGACAAUAGUUACUGUGAUGAGGCCAUUCUGAGGUUUAGCAACUCCCGCGAACUUCAACUUUUCCCAAAAACUCUAUCAUUUCAACAGUAUUGCAUUGAGAUUGAGAACAACAGGAUAGGAAUUGAAUUGUAUGAACGCAGUUCCAGUUUAGCACAGUGUGGGGGUGGUGGGCGUGGAGAGAUUGAGGAAAUUGAGCUUUACUUGUCGUUUAGAAGACUCAAAGGAGAUCUCGUUGACCGGUGAACCAUUCUGAGAGGGUGUGACAAAGUACCUGCGAGAGGCUUUGGCUGGUUGACUUAAUUUCAGGGUAAGGAGUUGAUCAUUUACAUUUGAGACAAAGUAAAAUCUCUUCCCUGAAUCUUGCAGUUGUGAAUCUUGCAGUUCUUUAACCAAGUGGACUGUAGAUGUUCAGUCACUGAGUAUUUUCAAGGUUAAUUGCUGACUGCACAGCCAACAGUGGUGACAUGAUUAAACUUAGGGAAGCUCAAGAGGCCAGAAUUAGAGGAAUGUGGAGAUCCGGGAGGAAUAAAGGGAUUGAGGAGAUUACACUGAUCGGAAUGAGGCCACAAGGGCCGGAAUGAAAUGGUUGGAGCUUCUUCACUGGGAACGUCCUUCCCAUUGGCAUCCUAUACAAACAGGACCCUCUAAAGAAGAAAGUGAGGGCUGCAGAUGCUGGAGAUCAGAGUCAAGAGUGUGGUGCUGGGAAAGUACAGCCGGUCAGGCACCAUCGAAGGAACAGGAGAGUCGACGUUUCAGGUAUAAGCCUGAAGUUCAGGAAUUCAUUCCUGAUGAAGGGCUUAUGCCAGAAAUGUUGAUUUUCCUUCUCCUCGAAUGCUGCCUGACCUGCUGUGCUUUUCCAGGGCCCUGUAAAUGGCCUGAAUGACUGGGUAAAGAAGCCUCUGACAGAUAAUGGCAUAAUUUAUUGACCCUCCACUGGUUAGUGUAAGGGCUGGGGACCAGUAAAAUAAAGGAGAUGACCAGGCCGUGUGCCUGCUGGCUAUGUGGCCCCAUGUUACUGACGGGGAAGAUGAAGUCUGCUUGCCUUCAGCUCUGUGGAGCCUGUUUGAUUAGUGUCGCAUUACUGGCCACUUGAACUCAUUCCAGCUCCUUUGCAAUAUUACAUGUGACCACGGGAAGCAGCCAGCAUAACACAUUUUACCACAACGGCCGUGCCCCCAUUGGUGAAGAGCGCAUUCCCUGUGUCCAAGAAUGGAACCAUUCCCAAAAUAGUAAGUACCCACUUGUGCCUCAACCACCUAACCUCCUCUAAACUAUAACACCUCCAUGCCACCUCCCCCCCCCCCGUCUACUCCCUUUUGGAAUCUUGCUUACCUCCCUGAAUAAAGUCUGUGGACGAACUAUCCUUCCUCCAUACAGUCUGCCUGCAGUCUCAGUACUGGCCGGUUACCCAGCUACCAGCCAAUCGCACUGGAUGAUGCCCUGUUUCUGAGGGGCAGAAUUCCUCUUUCACUCCAGUGUCACUCCUCCCCCACCCCCCACUCCCCAAGUAUCAUUGCCUCAGGACACUGGAUUUAAAGGCAGAAUGGUCCAAAUGUAACAUUAACCCCACAGGUAAAGCUCCCCCUUGGUGUCACUAGACCCAGAUUCCAACAGAUGCCAAGUUCCAAAAUCAAAACAGAAAGUUCUGGAAAAACUCAGUCUGGUUCUUUUGGUUUUUUUGCAGCACUUUCAUGUUUUUAUUUCAGGUUUCCAGCAACCGCGAUAUUUUGCUCUUCGUCAGGUUUGGAGCCUGGGUCAUGCUGUUUCGGGACAAGGUGGUAUUAGAGGGUCCCGUUUAUAGUCACCCCGUGACUCAAUAAUGUAAUCAUCACAACCCACAUAACACUCCACCCUCUCGUGGACUCUACCCACCCAUUUAUUCUCCAGCCACUGACUCUGGCCAAUCUCAUCCAUUGUGUAUUCUACUGCUGCAUUCCCUCUCAAAAUAACCCUGAAUUGAGAGAUUGUCAAGUGGAGUGGUUGAUACAUCUCACCACUGUCCCACCAGGCAGCAGUCCCGUGCAUUCACCAGUGGCUACAAUGAGUGUUACACAGCGCUUGCACCUACAGGAAACAGUGAGGGGAUUGAAGAUUCUGUCCUCAUUGACUUGUCUGCCUUCCCCUGGUCUCUGUGCUUCCAUUUAUAAUGGAGAAAGUGAAAUGAAAGAUUUAUGGAGACUUGGGAGUUAAGAUCCCUGAUUUUGCUCCUGAAAUGAGUCAUUUUUAGAUUUAAUGCACAGUUGAAACCAGAGCAUAUUUGAACAAACUGACACUGAAUAUUUUUAAUUUUUGAAGAUUAACUGCGCUCUGUUCUGCUGCCUGUCAGACUGUGCAAGGUCUCCUCCUUCUACAAAAGCAACAUGUACGAGGGUGGUUUGGAGAGCAGAGCAGAUGUUCAGCUAAAUUUGAAAUUCCCACUUAUAAACUUUGCUGUGUGUUAAUCUGAGGAUGGUACAUUUAACAUGCAAACUCCUUUUUAAUAUUUUCCAGUCAGAUCUGAUGAUGCAAAUUGCAUUGACAUUGUGUGAGAGUCUGACCUGAUACAGCUGUUGCUUCACAAUAAUGAAGUGAUCAUGUCUAUUGAUCCUGUUAUUCUCUCAGCUAAAGCUACGUUUGCUCCCUUGACACUAUUUAAAUGAGUAGCCAGAUCAGGUGCAGAUUGUGCGUCAAUGUAUUCUGGGUAAAUUAGAUUUCCGAGUUUGCACAAACUAACCCUGUUUAACUGUUUUUAACUGAAUAGAGGCACCUACAGCCUCUGCUCCACUUCACCUCAGCCAAAAUUCUACCCGAAAUUAUAUUUGCCAAUACAGCUGAUUGCAGGUACAAUCAACACAUCCCAGAUAUUGAACACAUUCCUGGCUAUACAGCACAACCCUAGGUAUUCCACACAUUCCUGAAUAUUGAACUCAUUCCCAGAUAGGUAACACAUACCUGGACACGCACCCCAUUCACAGGUAUACAACACAUUCCCGCUUAAACAACACAUCAUCAGAUACACAACUCAUUCCCAGAUAUCCAACUCAUUCCAGGGAAACAACUUUACGGGAGAACCUGAGGUGAAUCACUCCCAAAGUUGUACUUUAUUCCUGUCAAGUUUAGAUGUUCAGAAGCAGAAUCACGAGGGACUUUUCACGUGGAGGCUGGGACAAGAUUUACAUGCUCUUGACUCUGCGUCUGCAAUAGAUAUGGAUUCUGAGAUUGAAAGGUUUAUGUAUCUGAAAUGGGACAAUGGUGGGUAUAUUGAGUUUGGUCACAGAUCAGCCGUGAUCUUAGUAGAGUACGUUUGAAGGGCUGAAUGACCCCUUUCUGUUCCGACGUUCCCGGUAGGGACAUCAGCAGGACAGACUAGAAAGGAAGCUAUGGAGGGGGAGGGAGAGACCAUGGUUAUCAGAUCCCUCUGAGUAUCAGCCUUUCAUCAGGAACAUCAUAGCCUUACAGGUGUACAACUAUCACCAUUCUGUGGAGUACUACUCGCCUUUUAAUAGCACCUAUUUCCACAUUUAGAGCAGCUAAUUUUUCACCCAGAAGUGGUUUCCGUGGUUUCCCGUGACUGAGGGUUGUUCUGGUUCAUCAACUUGCCUUCACUGACAUUUGAUUAAUUUUAAAAAGCUUUCAGUCCCUCAGGCAGAUUAACUCAGGGACCAUUACCCAAUCUAGUUAUAUUCUAUUAAUACAGCUUCCAGAAAGGCAGAAGAAUUCCUUCCUUCCUCUCCCUCACUUUAUCCCUCAUUCUGCCUCCCUCCCCUCCGGCUGUCCCCCUCACACCUCACCCUUCUUUCCCCCUUCCCUCCUUACCCUGAUUCCACCUCCCGACCUUUCCUUCUUCCUCACACUCACUUUCUUUCUCCUUAGUCUCCCCUCCCUUUAGUGGGCGGCACGGUGGCACAGUGGUUAGCACUGCUGCCUCACAGCGCCUGUAGACCCGGGUUCAAUUCCCGACUCAGGCGACUGACUGUGUGGAGUUUGCACGUUCUCCCCGUGUCUGCGUGGGUUUCCUCCAGGUGCUCCGGUUUCCUCCCACAGUCACAAAGAUGUGCGGGUCAGGUGAAUUGGCCAUGCUAAAUUGCCCAUAGUGUUAGGUAAGGUGUAAAUGUAGGGGUAUGGGUGGGUUGCGCUUCGGCGGGUCGGUGUGGACUUGUUGGGCCGAAGGGCCUGUUUCCACACUGUAAGUCUAAUCUAAUCUACCCUCAUCCUCCCCCUCCCUACCCUCAUCCUCCCCCUCUACUCUCACCCUCCUCCUUACACUCACCUUCUCCCUGCUAUCACCCUCUCCCGCUCUACGCGCACUCUCUCCCUCCCUGCCCUCAUCCUCCCCCUUCUUACUCUCACUGUCCUCCUCCUUACACUCACCCUCCCCCUACCAACCUUCUCCCUCUCUCUACGCACCCUCUCCCUCCCUACCUUCACCUUCUCCUCCCCACCCUCCCCCCUCCCUCCCUACUUCCCUUCCCCCUCCUCCUCUCCCUCUCCCUCCCUCCUUACCCUCGCCUUCCCCUCCCUACCCUCACCUUCAACCUCACCUGCCUCGUCCUAUUCCUUGCCCUCAGUCUCUCAUUCCCUCUCCUCAGUUCUCCCUCUGUGACCCAAUAUUGAGCUCUGUGUGAUGUUGCUGUCUUGUGAGAUGCAACAACAUUGUUAUUUAUAUAACACAUUAAUGGUGCAAAGGACAUUUUCCGAGUGAUUAAUCAAGCAAGAUUCGGCAUUUUGCUACAUUAGUUCAGGUGACCAGGUUAGGUUUUAAGGAGCAGUGAAGGAGGACAGUGUGGGAGGAGGGCAGAGAGGGUGAAGGUGGGUACUUCAGGAUUCAGCACUCAAGCAGCUAAAGGGGUGGACACCAUUGAAAACUGCGAUUGUACGAGAUACUGGAAUUGGACAAGCACAGAGAUCUGUGUGGGCAGGUCUGUCACUGUAUAACACUGGGGUACAGUACUGAUGUGGACAAGUCUGUGACUGUAUAGUACUGGGGUACAGUAAUGAUGGGGACAGGUCUGUCUGCGUAUGACACUGGGGUACACUACUGGUGAUUGCAGGUCUCUUAUUGUACACCAUAAGUUAAAGUUGCCACAGUCCCAAAGGAAACUAUAGGCUUGGAGAGAGUCGCCACACCUCAGGCAUGGGAAUAAAGGGCUAUUUGAGAAGCAAGGGCCUUCAUGGUGACCUCAACCAGUUGGGGGAAUUGAACCCACAUUAUUCGCAUCAAUCUGCAUCACAAACUUGCUAUUCCAGCCAACUCACCCUUGAAUGUAAGACACAGGUAAAGGGUCUGUCAUUGUUUUACAGAGGGAUACAGUCCUGGUAGAGACAGAAUUUUAUGGGAAGGGACUGUACAGUCUAUGUACCUGAUGGAGGAGGCAGGACAUUGACCCUAACUUAUCAAUGUAUCUGCAAUAGAUCCCAAUGUCCACAUUGUGACUGAAUUCACUUUCACGAUUCUCUGGCUUAUUUUUAAUCUUGUGUUUAAACUUGACUCUUCCAGAGAUUACUUGUUGCUGUUUUCUAUCUCUUUCAAUGCUCUGUGUAAUUAAUUUUGAGAUAUUUGAAUUCUAUGCAAUGAACUGAGAGCUGCUUGCUGCUACAAUCAUUUAUAUAAUGCUGGUUGUUUUGUAGAGUCUAUAUCAGAGGCUUUAUGUAAUCUUUGUUAUUCCUUCAAGCUGAACUGAACCUGCCCUUGUCAAGAUGGCUUUAUGUCGCCACCUGGUGGGUUUUCAGGGGCAGUGCCCUCAAUAUUUUUGAUAAAUUGGAACCAAUUUUUAACGUUGUGUUUUCAGAAACUAUACAAACACAGACAAUGAUUCCAACCAAAGUAGAAAUAUCUGGGACUCUGUAACUGAGAAUUCCUAGGAAACUGAGAGUUACACCACUUUAACCAACUAUUAAUUUUAAAAUACUUUAUAAACAAGCACUAUUAUUAUGCAAAUGUAUUUUAUAUUCAGCUGUUAAAGCCUGAAACUGGCCAAGACAAAAUUAUGCACACAGCAUCUUUAUGGAGUCAGUUCCUGAUCAGUUACUAUCUGAAAUAUAUCAAGAGGUUUUGAAUUGUCUAUUACUGUUGCCCUUGCUCUUCUGGCACUAAUACAGCAGCAAAUUUCAUAACAGGGCACAGUACAAUUACAGGACUGACUAAUAGCUACAGGUAAUUUAUAUAUUUUCUUACUAUCACCGUAAAACAAAUCCUUUGUCAAUUGAGGUUCCUCUGUUUAAACAGCAAAACAGCAUUUAAUCUGCUAUUAGCAAAAAAAACCCAAGCCCUGAGCUGGUGCCAGACAAAUAGCUGCUGUCCAGUUUGAUAAGCUAUAAACAAAUGACUGAUUAUAUGCCUUAAAUUAAAUUGGCUGUCACUGUGUUUUAAACCAGUUAUACAUACUAUCUGUAACUCAUUCUUACACUAGCACAUUUUUGAUGCCCUUUCUGGUGUAUUCAUCGUUAUUUUCCUUUUCUCUUUGAAACAGAAUCUGUCCUUGCCCCAGUUGAUCUCAGCCCCUGUCAGUUUGGUGGGUUCAUGCAGAAUAGGGUAGGAAUUCUUGAGCCACAAAGGGCAAAGAAUGAGCAUGACAUAUCCCCAGUCACAGUCCAGUAAUCUAUAAUAGUUCAAGGGCAGUUGUUGGACAAGGACGACAUUGUUAUCAGUCAGACUCAAUCUCUGUGGAACCAGUAUUCCAGUUAGAGUCAGCUUCUUCAUGAGCUCUAAUCCAGUGAGAAUCAGUACCUUUGGAAACUGUAUCCCAGAUAGAGUCGGCACGUUCUGGAACUGUAUCCCAGUGAGAGUCAGCACCUACUGGAACUAUAUCCCAAAUAGAGUCAGCUCCUUCAGGAACUGUAUCCCAGUGAGAGUCAGCUCCUUCAGGAACUGUAUCCCAGACAGUGUCAGCUCCUCCAGGAACUGUAUCCCAGUGGGAGUUUGAACGUUGGCUACUGUGUUGUGGCCUCGGUUAUUAAAGAGUUUCAUGAGGCAUGGCACCAGCUUUAACUUGGGUUUUUCUUGUUGCAAGGCUUGAACAUUAUGCAGUCCAAAAUGUCUAGAAAUUGUCGUUGUUCUAACUCUUUUGUAAUUGGGUCAUUUGAGACAAUUCUGUUCAUUUCCCUGUGUUCUAGUACAAUGAAUGGAAAGAAGACAUGAGUCAUUCACAUUCUCAUUUCUGAUGAGCAAAUAGCCAGUGGUUACUCCUGGUAAAAUAUUGUAGCAUUUAAGGAUGAGUACAAAUCUUGUAGAACUUUUAACUGAGAGGGUUUUAAUCCUACCAACGAGAUUGCAUCAAUAAGAAUGUCUUGUAAUUUAGCUCUGAGAUAUUCUUCAAAUGAUUUUACCAUCUGAAAUUCUACUGUCCAGAGAGAUUUGCACUGUGCUAUAAUUUAUUUUCUGUUGUACAUAAUAAAUAAUGGAGUUGGCUUAAUUGAAUUCUAUCCAACCCAUUACAGUUUAACUCAACACGGAACAAACAAACCCAACCAACUCAACCUGAUUCAACUCAACUCAAAUCACACUAAUCCGUCCUGAUUCAGCUGAAACUGUUCCAAAUGACUCAAACCAAGCCUAUCCCACCUAACUGUACUCAAACCAAUCCAGCUCUAAACUCAUCCAACCCAACCCAACACAACUGAAACAGGUCAACACAAUUUAGCUCAAAUUAGCUCGUUCUAACUCAACACAAGUCAAACCACCCAGAUCAACUCCAACAAAUCUAACCCAACUCAACUCUAAGUCAGCUCUGACCAGGAGAAAGUGAGGAUGGCAGAUGCUGGAGAUCAGAGUCAAGAGUGUAGUGCUGGAAAAGCACAACAGCUCAGGCAGCAUCCGAGGAGCAGGAGAAUCUACGUUUUGCUGUCUGACCUGCUGUGCUUUUCCAGCACCACACUCUCGACUCCCAACUCUAACCAAGCCAGCCUAGUACAAUAUAAAAGUACCCAACCAACUUAGCUCUCACCAGGCCAACCAGCUCAAUCCAAACAAACCGUUCCCAAUUCCAUGUAACUCAGUCAACUCUAACCAGUAAUGACCCAUCUCAAUUAAGUCCAGCCAAUCUCAAUCCAGAUUAGGGCCAGAUGAAUCAACUCAACCCAACUCAUUUCAAUCCAGUUCAAUUCAACCUAACUCCACUAAGAUGAGCAAAUUGCUGGAGAAACUCAGCAGGUCUGGCAGCAUCUGUGUAGGAAGAUAUAGAGUUAACCUUAUGAGUCCAAUAUGGAAGUUCUGAAGAAGAGUCAUACUGGAUUCAAACUGUUAAAUCUGCUUCACUCUCCAUAGAUGCUGAGUUCUCCAACGCUUGCUGUUUUAUUUCGGAUUUCCAAUCCCCAUAAAAAAUUGCUUUUAUUUGUGUGUCCAACUCAACUGAGUUCAGUUAAACCCAGUUUAACUUAAUGCAGAUCAACUCUGAUACAAAGGCAGCAGAGGAAGGAGCUUCAGUCUAAAAAGGCUCUCUUGAUACAGAUAAUGGUGAAGAAGCUCAGCAGGUCUGGCAGCAUCUGCAGAGAGAGAAAAACAGUUAGCAUUUCAAAUCUGGUGUGACUCUGCUCCAUUCUCAUAUUGUUAACUCCGUUCCUCUCUCCACAGAUGCUGUCAGAUCUGCUGAGUUUCUCCAGCAUUCUCUGUGUUUGUUUCAGAUUUCCAGCUUCUGUAAUAUUUUGUUUUUAUUUGAGUUUCAGUCUCAGUUACUUGCCAUUUCAGCCACGAGCAGUGCUAAGGGCAAAGCCAUUCAAACUAAGAUGAGAGGAGCUGGGAAUUGAAAGAACAGAGGGCAGUUUCGACAGGUUGGACUGCAUAAACCUAUUUAGAAUGAAUAUAAAGCAUGUAUAAAACGUUCACAAUCAAUCACUUCUGCUUUGCUAAUCACCAGUGAUUAUCUUAACUAUUAAUUGUUGAAUUUUCACCUGCAAUAUUUCAUUUUGUUUAAAGGGGAGAGCUGAGAAUCAUUUGUAAACAUGCCCUCCCUGUCUCUGCUAUGAGAUUUGUACACUGCCUAUUAGCACCAUUAUCAAUAAAAGUCUCACAUACAAUCAGAA